AGCUUACACUCGGAAUCCUUCGCAAUGGCAGCCGGUGUCUUCAAGAGCUUUAUGCGAGACUUUUUUGCGGUGAAAUACGACGACCAGGAGCAUGAUCCACAAACGGAACGGCUGGAUGGAAAUGGACGGCACUAUCCCAAUUGCAACUCGGAUGUCUGGCUGAGAUCCUGCGAGCGGGAGAUUGUGGAUCCCAUCGAAGGCCAUGUAAGUGGGCACAUUCCGCGUUGGAUUAGCGGAAGUCUUCUGAGAAAUGGACCCGGCAGCUGGAAAGUGGGGGAUAUGACCUUUGGCCAUCUGUUCGACUGCUCCGCUCUACUACACAGGUUUGCCAUUAAAAAUGGUCGAGUUACCUACCAAAAUCGAUUCGUGGACACUGAAACCCUACGGAAGAAUCGUGCCGCCCAAAGGAUUGUGGUCACGGAGUUCGGCACUGCGGCCGUGCCAGAUCCCUGUCACUCAAUCUUUGACAAAUUUGCGGCCAUUUUCCGUCCUGACAGCGGCACGGAUAAUUCCAUGAUUUCCAUUUAUCCUUUUGGAGAUCAGUAUUACACUUUCACAGAAACACCGUUUUUGCAUCGGAUUAAUCCCUGUACUUUGGCCACCGAGGCCCGGAUCUGUACUUCAGACUUUGUAGGCGUGGUAAACCACACUUCACAUCCACACGUUCUGCCGAGUGGAACGGUCUACAAUCUCGGCACCACGAUGACCAAAUCCGGGCCGGCUUAUUCGAUUAUUUGUUUUCCCAACGGACGCCACAUGUUUGAGGACGCCCAUGUGGUGGCCACUAUGCCUUGCCGCUGGAAACUUCAUCCUGGGUACAUGCACACCUUCGGCCUAACGGAGCACUAUUUCGUGAUUGUGGAGCAGCCACUAUCGGUGUCCCUAACGGAGUACAUUAAAGCCCAGCUACAUGGCCAAAAUCUGUCGGCCUGCCUGAAGUGGUUCGAGGACAAACCCACACUAUUUCACCUGAUUGACAGGAUUUCGGGGAAACUGGUGAAGACCUACGAGUCGGAGGCAUUCUUCUACCUACAUAUCAUCAAUUGCUUCGAGCUGGACGGUCAUGUGGUGGUGGAUAUAUGCAGCUACCGUAAUCCCGAGAUGAUAAACUGCAUGUACUUGGAUUCCAUUUCCAAUAUGCAAACGAAUCCGAAUUACGCCACCCUCUUCCGUGGAAGGCCUCUACGCUUCGUCCUCCCGUUGGGAACUCUUCCGGAAACUAAAGCCGGAAAACGUGGUCUGGUGAAGUCUUUCUCCUUGGCUGGACUAAGUUCUCCCCAAGUCUCUCGGACCAUGAAGCACUCGGCCUCCCAGUAUGCGGAUAUCACCUACAUGGCCACAAAUGGAAAACAAGAAACAUCCCCCAGCGAGGAAAGUCCUCGAAGAGACUCCAAGCGGGGGCGUUACGAUGAGGAGGAGGAGAAUUUGGUUAACUUGGUGACCCUAGAGAAGAGUCAAGCUGAAGCCUUCCAAGGAGCUAGUGGAAUCUUUUUACGACCGGAAAUGCUUUGUGACUGGGGCUGCGAAACUCCAAGGAUAUACUAUGAAAAGUAUAUGGGCAAGAACUAUCGCUACUUUUAUGCCAUAAGUUCAGAUGUGGAUGCAGAAAAUCCAGGAACACUUAUAAAAGUGGAUGUGUGGAAGAAAACGAGUCUGACCUGGUGCGAGGAAAACAUCUAUCCCAGUGAACCCAUCUUUGUACCCUCUCCAGAUCCCCAGUCCGAAGACGAUGGUGUUAUUCUGGCCUCCAUGGUGGUUGGUGGCCUAAACGAUCGCUACGUUGGCCUAAUUGUGCUCUGUGCCAAGACCAUGACCGAACUAGGACGUUGCGAUUUCCAUACCAACGGUCCAGUUCCCAAGUGCCUGCAUGGAUGGUUUGCACCCAACGCUGUAUAG